AUGUGGAGAUAUGAUGUAAGUAAAAAAAGAAGUACUGACGUUUUCCUUUUUUCUUUUUUCUUUCAACAGGACAUUUUUGCAUCCAAGAAUCUGGCAGAGAAAGUAAGACUCAAAAUUCUCACACACAUCAAAACAUUUUCAUUUACACAACCGAAUCUCAUGGUACGGCACAGCAGCUCAGAACAAACUGGUAGCCUCAGCACAAGCCUCGUUUAUGUCCAGAGGAUUCCAAAGAGUGAAAGAAACUUUGGAAAGAUUUUUUUUAUUAUUUGUGGCCAAAAAAAAAAAAAAAAAAAAAUGGUACCAGUGCAGCAUCAGUGUUUUUAAACACAGUGGCAUCUGGUGGCUGUAAAACACACUGCAGCCUUCUUAGCCAUGGUCUGAAGCUUCAGUACACUUAAUAUCAAUAAUUUACUCUUAGUUGCAAGUGAUAAAGCCGGUUAAGUGCCAAAGCAUUUAAGAAUUCGAAGCAGACCCAAAACAUUAAUGAGUCUUUUUAAAUAGAGCAGUACGGGCACUUCUGUGGGCUUUGGUUUUUUAUCGUCAGGACUGAUAUUUGUGUGGCAGAGUGAUGCAUUAAAGUCUUUAGUGAAGACUGAAUUUCAUUAAGUUAGCUGUGAACUUUUAAUACAUCGUUACUUUGUUUAAUGUGAUGAUGAAUUACGUCAUUCUAAUGUGCAUGACUCUAUUUUGUCAUCUGCUCCCUUCUCUUCUCUUACUAUUCUGGUCACACUCUAAAACUAAAACUUUCCCCUCUGUAGAACUGGAUUCAGUGUUUACACAAAUUUCUGUUCAGAUGUUACGUCUGUGCUGGCUAAAAGCAACAGUUGACGUCCGUCCAACAUGCCAUCUUUUCAAACACGUGUGCAUUCCUGACAUGCUCCCAUGAUAAGCUAAUUCCUCUCUAGAGAUGGAUUUGCUUGAAAAGUUUUGCAGUCCUUGUCUUUGCAGCAGGCUCCAGAGGUUUGAGGAUGCCAUGGUGUUGCAUUGGCUGCCACUGUUUCAUGAAGUUUGGUGUGCCUGUCACUUCUGUUUUGCUACAAUGCAUGUACAACUUUCAGCAGAGAUGGUGACAAUGCUAGAUGGCUCAGUGCUGAAAAACAAUGCAAUGUCUCCUUACUUAUGGGUGUGCAGUACUUACAAAAAAAAUAUCAAUUCUUGAGAUUUUGCCGAUAAUGAUGACUGGCAAUAUUUCCCAUCCUUUGAAAAGUGUGUUUUAGAAAAGUGUUUAAUGUACUUGUAUUGUACUGGCUUGCUCUUGUUAAAAGUAUAUCUGUCUGUUUGUUAUCCUGCCGGGGUAACCACUGAAAUCGCAGGCGCUUAAGGGAGAGAAAAAAUAAUGGCCUGGUCUAGACUUCAUAAACAAAGACAGAUAAAUAAAAAAACACAAACACAGCUUCUGAGUAACUGACCCAGACCAAACUGUGUUAUCUCUUGCCUCCUUUACCUUUUUUCCCCCAUCUUUUUGUCUGUGUUUCUGACAUCAUUCACAAACUACACAAACCUUCAGGACAGGUGGACUUCACAGUAGAUUUGUCAUCCUGAGAAGAUAACAGAUAGAAAUAUAAUGUCUACCUUUUUAAUAGUGUCCAGAAUCAGUGAACAAAAAAAACUUUCAAACAUCAUCAUAUGCAGGUCACAUGUGUGUGUACCUUGGUGAGGUGUGCAUGGGGCUAGAAAGUAAAUACCUCUCUAUUUUCUACUCCUUCUCUCACAUAACCCAGCUUGCUGACAGGCCAAGGACUGAUUUACACCUCAUUAUGCUCUGAGCCUCAGUCGGGAGUUGCGGCUGCCUAUUAAUUUUGUCAUUCACCUACAAUAGGCAAAGUUCGGUUCACAAAUAGAAUACUGAACUCCAGACGCUUCAUUAUGUCGCUCCUGUGUGUGCUUACCAAAGCAGCUGGCCGCCUCCCCUGACUUCUUCAAUGUAGGUUAUUACCUGGUUUGGAGCACAGAGCCUGCCCUGCCACAGGGGGGCACACACACUUGCAAAGCAACAAAGUGACUUUUUCCCUGCUCUGUGGAUUUAUUUUGGUCAAAUUAUGCAGGAGACAGGUUUAUUUCUGUGUCAAAUUGGCUCAGCUUCCCAUUUGAAACCAUUGAUAAUACAGCCGAAUAUCAAGCACUUCAACACCAGUGCCAACAAAUCUUCCAGACAUGCCUGUGCAUUAAUGGUAUGGUAAUAAAUGGUGUGAAUAAGGGGAAGAUGCAGCUUCUUUGCACAGUCAGAAACCAAUUUUCAUCACGGCUUUCAUGUCAUGCUGCUUCAGCUAUUCCUCUAUUACUUGUUCCUGCUACAUCAGUGGAUUCUCUGUUGUGCAAGUCAAAAAGGCUCAGCUCCACCAAUCACUAGGAAUACAUUAGUAUGAAUGGCUACUCCAGACCUAAAAUCCGACUCUCUUCUUCACAUCACGCAUUUGCAGAAGUGGCACUUCCACGGAAAACACCCAUACCUAACUGAUUUGGAGUGUUUUUGGAAAUUACAACCCAGGUAAUUACUAAUUUACGUGUACACUGAUAUUUCAUUAGUGAGCGCUGGGUCUUGCCCUUGUUCUGUCAGUGACUGGAAGUGGGAGAGGCUGUGCCAAAAAAUGAGCCCAUCGGGAUGUUUGAUACCAAAGAACAGCACGCUGCUGCCAUAAAUUCAGUCCGUCUUUGGAGAUGUUCAAGUUAUAAAUGAGGGUAGGUUUUGGCACACAUGAGUAAAGAAAAAGGAGAGAGCUUGUGUUUUGGGAAGCAUGGUGCCAAAAGGUGGCCUUAUUUAUUCGAAAUUUAAACUUUUAACACUUGCUUAGAUACUUGCAUUGAAAAAUCACUUCAUAAUUCCAGAAACUGAUCGACUCAAAGCUACCUUUUAUGACUUUUUUGACAUUGCUAGUUUAUUGAUAAAAGACCUCUUGUCCUGACAAACUUAAAUGAUUAAACUCGUGAACUGAAUAUAUCAUUUAGGAGCAGCUCAACUCACGUGAAAUGACUUUAUUUUAAUACAUGAGUGCUCUAUCUCAGCUGCGUCUGGUGAUGUGCUCUUAGCAACUGUUCUUGAAUUAAGCUUUUAAGUAAAUUAUACAAAUUUUGUGUUUACAUAUUGUUUUGCUAUGCCCAUGUGGCCCUAAAAAACCCUGUGAAGCUUUCAAGUGCCAGUGCUAACACCAUAUGGUAUGUAUAGAAGUGAUAAAACCCGAGAAUAAACCUUUGUCUUGGGCAUGUUGCAUUCCCUUGAGUCGAUGAAUUUUAAUGCCAACUAGCAGACUGCUGCGCUGUAGGGAUUCAGUAAACACAAAGAAAUCUCACUUAUUUGAAACCUUAAUUCAUUGCCAUGAGGUAGAGAAACACACUUGGCUGUUUACUGUGAAAAAAACAUACCACAGAGAUGCUUGUAGUCAGUGUAACGUGAAGGUUAAAAUGAAGUUUUUGAACAAAGGCAGCAGGAGGGGAAAAGCUUUCUGAGGCAAAAUUUAAUUGCAAAAUCCCAAACUCCGUCUUUACAUACUCGUGAAUGAAUACGAAGCGCUGUCCCCGUGUCACAUUAUCAAAUGUGUGGGCUCUUUCAUCCAAGGCUACAUUACACACAUUCAUGGAGUCUGUGUUCCUGUGAACUUAUCUUUGCACAUGGAUUUUGGAAAGCAAUUUCAACAUACUCGUCAACUUCAUUUUCAGUGAACUGUAGAUUGAGAAGAUAAUGUUGCUGAAGACAGAAACGCAGCUGAUAGCAUCACCAUUAAAACCGAUGUUAGAUUAUAAGAUAUCAUAACUGAUGUGGUAAUUAUACUUGAGAUUUUACCAUUUUGUUUUUGCUUGGUCACUGGUGAACAGAUUUUCUAGCCUCAUUAACUAUCGUACAUGACUUUAACGGGACAUUACAAACUAUCAAUUACAUCUUGGUAUAUUAAGAUAGCAUCUAAUGGAUACCGGCUGGUGGCUUCAUAUCAAUCAUGACUUCUGUUUUCUCAGUCAUUGUACUACUCUUAAGUUGAAAAAGUGGAACAUUUAUUUGUUUUUCAUUAAAAAUUUCUUUGGUGGCAUCCAGCUGCAACCUUGUCGCUCUUAGACAUACCUUAGUGGGAAAUAAACAUCACCAAUGUGAUGCAUUGUGGGAUUAAAACUUGGGCUUCUACUACUCAACCAACCAAGUGCAAAUCAAGCCCACUGCACUUUGGAUUGCUGAAGGUAGGCGACACACUUGCAUGCUGACACUGAGCACAUGAAUGUGCACGCCAAGCACCUAAGCAUGUAAGCGUGAACCAGUGUGCAUAAUAGGGCGGCCCCUGGGGUCACUUUUUCACCAUCUUUUCCUCUUUCCUCAUUGAAUUGGAUUUUAACAAAGUGAGUAAAAGGCUGGAUUUUGCUUUAGCAUUGGCUUAUCCUUUCCGUUUUAUUUAUUUGAUCUGCUUUUCAUUUAACAAAUUCAAUCAGAAUCAUAAAAAGAGGGAGAAAAAUGAAGCAAAUGAAAAAUACAAACAAACACAAACUUAUUGUUGUUGUAGUUUUAAAAGGUAUUGAAAGAGCUAUUGAUUUUUUAAACUUAUUAUCAAGAAUGACUGGGAAUGUAUCUGUAAUUGUGGAUAUUAAGCAACUCCCAGUAGUUUUGUGCAUGUUUUUUUUUUACAUCUAAAAGGUUCUUAAUUCUCUUUUCUAGUAUUUAAUCAUGGUAGCCAAACUGAAUCAAAGAAGCACACCGUCUUUAAGAGCUGUGACAUAAUGCACACUGUCACUGAAUGCAGCUCUUUUACAGCCUUUCAGGUUUUUCCAUCCUGAAUUAACCCCAGAGAAUAAACAAGAAAGACAAGACUGCUGAGGUUUUAUAUGGAACUGAAUGUGGACUUGACUAAACCCACGGUCAGACGGGAGUUUGGAAACACUGACUGCCCUCUGCAGCCGCACGAGCCAGCCAUUGAUAGAUUUGCAGCUUUUAAGACGAAGGGGGUGGGGGGUGGAAGAGAAAAGGGACAGUUACUCAUUGUCUCUGGGUUGUAACUCGUUCCCUUUGGUCUUCUCGCUGGGUUGAGUCAUAUGAACUUUCUGGUUUGGGAAAGCACAAUUUCAUGAAGCAGCAGGUUGAGGGGAAAGCAGCUUUAAUUACUCACUAAAAAAUGCCUCAGUUGGUCAUACCAGUCAUGAUUGUUUGGUGUGUGAGGCAGAGGGAGUUUGUGAGCUCUCCUGAGUAGCAGCUGGUCCUCUCCCUCCUGUGCUGUGGGAAUCAGACAUUCCUAUUGAUCUUCAUCUCCCACGGGAGUUAUGCGUGUGUGUUUGUGUGUGAAUGCCUGUGUGUUUGUGUGUCUAUUUGCCCUCCUCACAUCCUUUUUCACUGCACGCUGUCACUGCUGGAGUUGCAAGAUUAGUUUGAUGUUGCAGUGCCACCAGCUGGUCUCUUCAAAAAUUGCACCUCAUAUCACUUCAAACAGCACUUCUUUUGUGAAUUUCCAAACCAGUAAAUUAAUAAAUCUCUCUCUUUCUGUGCCUUUUUUUUCUGUCUGUAGUGUGCUGGUUGUUUACUCCCAAACAGGGAAGGAAAUGUAAGGAUCGCUGAUCUUUACUUGUAUGUCUUUCCGCUGAUGCAUGCCAGAGCGGAGUGUCUAAUCCUGUUUGUGUUUGUUGCAGGUUGUAAAUUUUGGUGGAACUGCCGGAUUGAAAGGAGAAAAAGGCGACCGGGUGAGUUUGAAAGAUGCACACAACGUAACUAAGUGUGUAUAAUAUCAGGGGAAUGUUUGAUGUCAUCACGUGUGUUGGGACAUGUCUGGAAAACAAUGCACAGCCUUGUCCAAAAACACUCUCAUCCACACACACACACACACUUUGAUGUCCCUGUAGUCAAGUAUGAUGCUGGCUCUGGACCAAUCCACCAUGUAGCUGAUUUGCAUUCCUUAGAGCUCACCUACAAGCACUCAUUCUUCUUCUCUACCUCUCUCCAUCUUAGGGUGAUGACUGCUCUGGCACCCACUCAGGAGGCCCUGUAAGUUGCUAUUCCACUGCUUCUUUCUCACUCUAGGAAAGUUUCUUCUUCCUCUGCAGAGUAGUGUUGUCUUGUAAUUUGGCACGCUGUAAAAAAAGAGGCUGUAAUGUGGCCAAAAUUCUUGUCUGUGAUGAUUCAUGCCAACCAUGUGUCUCUGACCUCAGUGCACGCAGGGACCCAAGGGCCAGAAGGGAGAGCCGGUGAGUGCCAAUCUGCCGCUACAGGUUACGGCAACACAUCCCACUGCGUCGCCAACUUGAUAACCCCUUCAGCUAUUUGGUUUGAUCUUUGUUCAAAACCUCAUUUUCAAGCAACCAAGCAAUAUUAAUUAUGCAGAGUUUGUGCUUUUGCCAGUGAGUCAUUGUUCAUGCAUGAAUUUACAUGUGCUGAUACGUAUAAUGCAUCAGAUUAUAUCUAUCAAAAAUCAUGUAAUACUGUCUUUUGUGUCACGGAUCUGGGUAAAACAAAAAGGGAAAAGACCCAUAUUGCAGAUCAAAAACGAGGAUUUAUUUUAAAAGGAAUUAAAAGAACAAAAACUUGCUCUCUAAGUUGUCCAACUCAAAAAUCCUAAGAAACACAAAUGAAGAAAUCAAAGAAAAAGACACUGGAGACACACAGGCAUGGACACACAGAGGCAUCGGCAUACAAUGAAUUGACCAGGAAACAGGGGAAGACAGGGACUAUAUACACACACACACACACACACACAGGGAAACGAGCAACGAGAGGCAGGUGAGACACUGAGACACAGGUGCAGACAAUUAUAAAGGAGGGAAAACUGAGGAAGUAAAACAAGACUAGAAACACGGAAUAAACUACUUUAAAAUAAAAGAGGAAACACUGAAAACUGAUAUAAGCAAUAAAACACAGAGAACAUGAGGGAACUGGGGUCAGACACAAACUGAAAACUAACAAGACAGGAUAACUGGGGAACAGGAACAAUCGGGAACAGAAACACAAAACCAGGAAAAAACUCAAACUGAACACAUCAUGACAUUUUGUGGCACUUGGAGAACAAGAGUGAAAAUAACAGGUGUACAGAGAUGUCCUUAUCUGCACUAUGUAUCUGUCCAAUUCAAAAAAAUGUCUGUAUUUGUAUUCAGAUAAAGAAUCAGCAGUAAAAGCGUUGCUUUAACCAGAAUUAAAGCCACCUCCUCCUAUUGAGACAGUGAUAGACGGAUUCAUUGCUUGUAUGCAGCCUGAAGCCUAGCAGUUGAGGGACACAGUCCAUAUUCCAAACUUCAGGAAAGGAGUUCUCACUAAAGCUUUCAAAAGUGUAGGAAAUUAACACAUCGCGCCAAGACAACAGAUUAUCAGUUUUAUUUUAAUGUAUGUUGCCUCCGUGGAUGAAUCUGACAGGGAGGGGCAGAGAGAGAUGACUCAGUAUGUCUACAUGCACAGUCAAGUCUAGUUAGGGUUAAACUGGACAACUGUCCUUGUCCCACUUUAGAAGCACUAGGCACCCUUUCAGCUUGUCACUGGUUUGUCUCCUGGUUGUAGAUGCAUUUGCAAGUGGCAUAAGCGAUAUAUGUCAGGCAAUAAAAACACUGUUACUUUCACAGAUCUGUAACUUUUAUAUGAUCUACACAACAGCUUUACCAGUUUUUACGUCUUUUCUUCUUCUGCUGUUCAAGUUUGGUUUACUGCUGUGUACUCACAUAUUCAACUUCCUGAUUAAAGCUCGAAUGGGCAGAAAACUUAGGCCAGUAGAAAUGGCUCUCUUUUGUAAGGGCAAUAACAAACACAUUGGAGUAAAAACUUCCAUGACCAUUUGUGACUUUCUGAAUUCAGAUUUGUAAUGGAGUCCUUCUCUUUUGGAGCGUCUGGAAUAGAUAAGAUUAUCUAGAAAUGAUAGCAGCUACACUUUGCUUGCAGUGUAGGAAACUCUGGUUCAUCCUCAACUUUGAAAUCUUCAUCUGCUGCUGCCACACAUUUGUUCAGCAAUGGACAUAAAAGAUUUUAGUAUAUGAGAGAAAGCAUCAACCCCACUUCAAUUUUUCAUCUCAUCGAUUGAGUCUCAGCUGCUUUUAGGGGCACUAUUUCAUCCUUUAGCUUAUAAAUCCUGUUGAAUGCUAUAGAUUCAAGUGUUUGCAUCUAAAUACACAAAGAUUGCCUGUGUCAUUCUUGUAGCACAUAUGUGUUGCAAACCGUUGUCCACGAUGCUCAACUGGUGUGUGUGUGUUUGUGUGUUAGAUGUCUCUGUAGAGUCAGGUCAUUGAUCCGGUCCUCGUCUCUAUUCCCUCUCUCCACAGGCAUCACCUGCCAACUGGGGUGAAGCAGCUGGGUACAAGGUGAAAGGUUUCAGCAACUUCCAGUGAUGCACGAUGAAGAUAAAGCCCUUCAAUCAUUCAGCUAAUUGAUUUGUUAUUAUUUAUUCUUGCUGCUCUCAUUCUUAAAAUUUGAUCUCUCGGCACUGUUAAGGGGGAAAAAGGUCAGAAGGGAGAGUACGGUCCUCAAGGUCUCACAGGAACUCCAGGAAAGGAUGUAAGUGUCUUUGCAAUCGACGUUUUCUCCUCUCCUCUCUCUCUCACUGAUUCUUUAUGCAGCUGUAGAUCAAAGUGAAAUUUAACUUGAGGUUUAGUUUAAUAAUUAGAUUGAAUAUUUCUUUUUCCAUUACCUGCAUGCUUAAGUGAGGAUUUAACACCAAAAAGGACAAAAAAAAACACUCCCACACACAUUGAUAUCCACUCACACAGCUGUUUUCAUCAGGCUGCGAGUGGAUUUCCAGUAAACUUACACGGCAUUACUCUUUAAGCUCAGCCUCCCAUUGAUAUCAGCUCUCCCCCCCUUCCUCCACCCUGUGGCGUUAAGUCGGCCUGUUAAUGCCUGUUAGAUUAGGCUAGAGCAACAAAGCUUGCACAAUCAAUGCUGCCUCAUUGACUGUUCUGUUAGUCUCACACACAGGCGGGCGCCUAUUCAUGACGACUUAAACCUCAUAAUCUUCCCUGUUCAGCACGGUGAUCCUGUAGACGCAUGAAAAGUUUUUCAGGAGCAAAUUACAUCGUGUGUGUGCUCGGAGAUAUUCCUCCCCGGUUCCUUUUAGGUAUCAGACACACUCACGUUUCGCUGUUCACCAGGCUAAGUGCUUGUUGGGACAGAUGGAUUUGGGGGAGCAUAGAUUUUCUUAAGCCUCUCAUCCAUCUGACAGUGUGAAUAUGAAUGUGCUUGUUGAUGUGUCUUGACUCAGGCAAGCAGAAAAUAUUCCAUAUGCACCGCUGAAGAUAAUACAUCUCACAGACUCUACAGUUCUCCGUAUUUCAAAUCGUAAAACGUCUGAAAAAUGAGGAAAAUCUGCAGCAGUGUGAGGAUUUCUCCUCAUCGUUCUUGGCUGACACUGAUGAUGUCACUCCCCUCUCUGUCUCUCACCAUUUCCCAGGGUCGAGCGGGGUCCAUCUGUGUCGUCGGCCCAAAGGGACAAAAGGUUAGUCUGCAUUAAGAGUGGGAGUUUUCGCCCUUAACCUGUCUGGCACACAUAAAAGUUCACUCUGAGUUUGAUAGAGCUGCUGUUAACUUUUCUUUCCAGGGUAUUCCAGGUGUGGUGGGUCCUGAAGGACUCGCUGGUGAGCCAGGACAUCCAGGACUUCCAGGCCCACCAGGACCUGGAAAGCCCGGCCCACCAGUAAGUGUUUUUCUUAAUUAUAGAACUUUGGUUUUAACAAAAGAGCCCAUUAGCACUUAUUGGACAGUGUCAUUUUACUCAUUACCUUAAUGUCCUCACAGUCUUUGUACGGACGGUGUCAGUUUGACUUAAAAGUAUUAUUAUUAGCUUUGCUCUCACAAAUGAGGGCAGGACUUGGCAAGACUCUUUCUUAAAAUGCUUUUCAGCUGUUGUCAAGGACAAAGAACACUGCAGCAUGAGAAAGACAUUUGAAAAGUUUGAUGUAACUUUUUUUGGAAUUUCUAGGGCCUCCCUGGACCGCCAGGUGGAGCUAAAGGAGACAAGGUGAGUACAGCCUUUAUCACAUGUCAUAUGAAAUCUCCAACGAUAUGGACAGGUGAUCAGCACGGUUAUUAUCCAGUGGUUUAUUUUGAAUCUACUUAUUAAAUACAGAUUUCCAGUUAGCAGAACACUGACAGCGACUGAAAGGCGACUGCAAUGUUGUGCAUGUACGGCAGCCUUUUAGCUAUUGUAUCCUCCUUUUAUUCUGAAGUGUCUGUCAACCUCUGCAUCUUCUUACAUAAACAAAAUAAUCCAGCAGUGCAUCAAAAGUAGUUAGCAAAUCUGUAGAGAAGUUCAGACAGUCUAUUUAAAACCAGAGAUUAAUGGUUGGAAUAGGGUUAGGGUUAGGGUUAGGGUUAGGGUAAGUCAUCAAUAAACAAUUAAAAUUGUCUUUAAUACUUUCAACAAAUCUGAAAGGGUUAAAACUAUUUUCUUGCAGGAAUAAGUCAGAGGAAAGUUACAGUAUGUAAUAUUUGGUGGCAUUUAGCAAAGCAGGCUUUUCAGAGAUGAAAUAUGUAAGCAUGUGUAGGUUACUAAAUAUUUAUCAGAAUAUAAAAAAUGUGUUUUGUGAUUUUUGAUAAGCCUACAUGCGAAGGAGCGGGUCAACUUUCACAGAUGCUGCAAUCUUGCGUUGUUAAAUUUCCAAUAGUAGCACAGUAAAGACAAACUAGCUUCAUACAGUAUGCAUAUUUCUAUUCACUGAGUGGUCACAUAAGGAAAAAAAGUAGAUAAGACAAUCAGCUGCAACUCCAGUGGGUAGUGGAAAAUAUAAACUAAAAGUCAAGUGUGUGAAAAUUUUGUGAUACAUCUAACUCCCUUUGUGUCCUACCUAUUCGAUGUAGUCAAAAUUGUGUAAUACCCUUUAUUUUUUUCACUUAUUGAGGAGAGUUUAUCCUGGGAAUUUCGGGAGUGUGGAUGAUUCCGUGUUUAUCCUCUAAGAAAUGUUUUAAAGACAGCUGUUACUGUGGUCUUGAGACAAAAAAACUGGUCAUUUGUUUUACCAGGGCGAUUCUGGACCUGCAGGGGAAGACGGAUCACCAGGAGAUCCAGUAAGCCACCGUUAAACAUAGAUUUAUAUUCAGUAAUGUAUACAGAAGCUCUGAGUAAUCCAACUUUGAGCCUUUCCUGUACGUUACUGUUUAACCGGGACGCUUUUGUUUUCCCAGGGCCCAAGAGGACCAGGGGGGUCUAAGGGAGAGAAGGUAUUAGCCAUCAUCAUCUUAAAUCUCUUUAUCUGCAUGCCUGUGUGUGCCUCCAUGUAUGUACAAAUCCUUAUAUAUCAUAUUAUAAUGUUCAGGGUGACCCAUGUGAAGUUUGCCCCGUGCCUGCAGACUUUGGCAACACAGUGGCUCUGCAAGGGAAGCCAGGUCCUAAAGGAGAGCCUGGAGCUCCAGGGACGGGAAAAACAGGACUGCCUGUAAGUACAACAGUUUGAGUUUAAUGUCAUGCUAUAAUGUAUUCUGAGCCAGCCCUGAAUGAUCAGUUUAACAUUUUUAUGAUCUUGCUACAUGUUUUAUUGGGGAGUUGUAGACAGUCUGAGCUGCGGCUGACGAUUAAACCUUGAACGCUUGUUUGAUAAUGCAUACAUUUUACAUUUUCUUAUCAUUUUGAGGGAAAGUAUACUUCCUACUUCUAUCUCAGGGUUGUACUUCCCCCUUGUAAUUCUCACAGUGGUGCGAUUUUCAAGGCUGCUGUCAAAAGUUUAUCCUCAGAGGCAAAGGUCAUUUUGUUAAUGUAAUCUUUAUGUGUCUUUUCGUUCUCUGUCUCCUGUGAGUCGGGGCUCAAAAUACAAGGCAUUGUGUGUCUGUUUCUGUUCACUCUGCAUCUUUGCACUUACCCCUGCAGUUGAAAUGGGGGGAUGAUUUGUGGCGGGGGGAAAAAAGAAUAUAAAUCUAAAGCCUUAUGAGAUUCUCUGUGCAACGAUUUCCAAUAAUGUCAGCAUCCAUCUGUCAUACCUGGUUAGGGCAGAGGGAGAAGGAAGGUAGAGCAACAGAGAGAGAGAGAGAAAGAGAGAGAGAGAAGAAAGAUAUGACCUGACUUUAACAAAGUUGAACUAACAACUCUCCGACUCCUGGUUAAUCUCUGCUCUUUUCUUUUCUUCGCUUACCUCAUACAUACCAGGGGCCCCAGGGUGCAGAUGGCAAAGCAGGACAGAAGGUAUAGAGUUCCACCUCAUUCAUUUACAGCUUAUGGUUCAUUCAUAUUCUGUGGAAGCGUGACCUAUACACACACACACUCAUCUGCACACACUCCGCACUCAGAUAUGCUAACAUCAGCAGUGCAGAAGGCUUGCUCUUCAAGCAGAUGCAAGCAAACUUAACUCCACAAAGAAGAGAGACACACACUCACACGAACAUUUCACACUCCUACACACACCCAACUCUGUAGCUUUACACCCAAAUCUGUCAACACGCCUCAUGCACUGGCACCCAUCGCUGAUACUCUCCCACCUCUACCCAUUGUGUGCCUCCAAUGCCAUGUUGAGACACGACAUCAUGAAGCAGAAAUGUUCAUCAGACUGAGCUGGGGCUAAUUUUGUCUUCUUGGAUGUCUGUGUUUUUUAUUGUCUUUGGCAGGGAGAUUCUGGAUCAGAUGGCGCCAAAGGAGAAAAGGUCAGCUCAGGAGUCUCUAUUCGGCUUAACGUUAAACAAUUUCUUGUUUAGACCACUUUAAUAAAGUUGUCAGCGAGAUAUAGUAGCCUAUUAGCAAGCUAAACUUUCUCUUUAGUGCAAAACCUGCAGCAUUACUUACAUUAUCUUGGACAAGCAGAACGUUUAAGCUAUUUUAAUUGAAUGUGUCCUGAUAUUGAUAAUACGGUUUUGCCCUAAAAUGAUUGUUCCAUGUGCUUCAGGGGGAGCCAUGUUCUGUGUGCCCUACUCUUGGAGAGUUACCUACAAAACCCUUCCAAGGUGCCGCCCAGACUCUACAGCAGAAGGGCGAGAAGGGGGAGCCUGGGUUCGGGCAGAAAGGAGAGCAAGUAAGCCUGUGCUAUUCAAAACAAGAAGGAGACAAAAACCAAACCAGAACGGUUUACCUGUCCGACUUGGUGUCUCUUUCUGAUUCUGUACACGUCAGUGUGUUUGUCGUACAGUGAGCACCUUAAUUAAAAUGAUGUAUGGUUCCAUUUUCACCUCCACAGGGGGAGCCAGGAAAAGUAGGAUCACCAGGCCUUACAGGAGGAAAGGUAAGUAACAUAAAAAGAAACAGACCUGAGAGCGGGUGCCCUCGAUAGCAGACGAGGCGAACUGGCUCUGUAGGUUGCUGAAUGGGGUCUUUAAUAGACUUCAUGAGGAAGAUAAUCACAGCGGUGCACUAAUUUUAGGGCCCAAACCUGUCUGCCGGGGGGAUUUUUCUCAGUGGGGAACUUAUUAGCGAAAGGCUCAGGUAGUGAAAAACCACAAUUAUUUGACAUGGCUGCCUGUAGGGCACUUCUUACUAUAAAAAUGUGAAUAACCAAUUUCAAAAGACCCAUCCAUUUUUAUCAAUUUAUAAAAUUCAGACACAGGUAAUUUUUUUUGCUUGUCUUCAGGGCAGUAAAGGAGCUGAUAGGAAGCCAGUAAUUUUGAAUUUAGUGUCACAGGUUAGCCCACAUACUGAUUCAAUGCUGUGAUUUAACAAAAUGUGUCUCGUCUGACAGGGACCAAGGGGAACAAGUGGAAAUGUUGGAAAAAAGGUAGGAGGAUAGACCCGCUGGAUUUUACUUAACAAAGAUACUUAAUGGAUUUUGUUGUCAUUGUUUUUGGACUAAGUAGUUUGUGUUAACUAGUUGUAUUCAGAAGUCUUUUGACAGUAAAUUUAGGAUCAGACUUACGUACGUCAUUGCAAUGUUUUUAUGCGAACUAAUACAGGGACACACACUAUAAGUGAGCUUACAAUGGCUCUUACUUGAAUUGAAAGCUAUAUUUUCUCUCCAAACCGAAAGAGGAGUUCUCCUUUGGGAUACCAAACAUUUUUUACUCCUAAACUUUGAUUUGCACAUUGUAGUCGUAUCCCACAGUGAUGCUUUUUUACAAACCGCGCUUGUAAUAUUGGAGUUACCCAAGCCUUUUGAACCAAAACAAUCCACCUGCACUUUGAACUGACGUGCACAGGUUUUCACAAGGACAAAAAGAUCAAACUGUAAAUGUAAGCCCUCUGAAACCUUCAUUGGUUACCUGUUGUUUUUAGAAUAUGAUUUAAAAUCCCCCUCUUGGUUCAUAAAGCUCUUGCUGGUCUGGCUUCACAGCACAUCACAGACAUGCUGUCAGUUUAUAACCCCAGCAGAUCUCUGUGGUCACAAGGUGAAUAUCUCCUCUAUAUAUUUAAAGCACUUUCAGAGUCUGGUGAGAAGGUAUUUAUGCACCUAAAAAGGAAUGGGAAGAUUGUGGCUGAGACACUGUGUUCUUUUCAAACUUAGAUAUAGAUCUUUUCACUAAAGUAUCUCUUGCAUCAUUCAUCUGUCCUUCACUUGAGGACUCUCAUACAUCCCCGUGGAUGUUAUCUGCUUUGUAUGAUCCAGUGUGAAUAGAUUUGGAACGAGGUCAUUUUUAUAUAACAUCAUUUAAUCUGUAAGCCCCAUUCUUGAAAAAACUAGUUUGUUUUUCUUUUAACAGGGAGAGCCAGGUAUCCCUGGUAUUGGUGUUCCAGGACUAAAAGGCGACAAGGUAAGAAUAGACACGUGUUACUUUCUUCAUCUUAAGGAUUGACUUCCAUUAGGCUAACCCGUUUUGCCUUUUAGGGUGAGUGUGGCGUGUGCCAACCAGCUGAGGUUGGAAGUGGGCCUGCUGGCAUCAAACUGAAGGAGGGAACAAAAAGCACGCCAGGAGAACCAGGCCCUCCAGGUCCACCUGGUCUUCCAGGUUUUGGAGCUGAUGGCAAACAGGUGAGAUUCUUAAAACAUUACGGACUCAAAUGAAAACCAAAAACACCAAAGCAGCUUAAUUUUGAUUAUGCAAGUUGUUUAUUUUGAAUCGCUGCCUUGCUUUUGAUAAAAAUAAGCCAGUGAUGGAAACAGAAGCUGAUGUUGUAACAGACAUUGAAAUUCAGUGUCUUUCUUACAGUAGGUGCUUGUUGAGAGGGCAGUAGGAUGCAAUCUGCACAAUUGGAGACUAAUCCCUGACAUCUAAAUUCUUAAUGUUUUUGAGUUAUCCUGCAACAUUCAAGCAGUAGUACAGAAACAUUUCAUUAACAAAACUCUUGUAGAAGAGCGAACAGUGAGGGAUAAUAUCCUUUCAUAUUUAAGUGAAUUGAAGUCUUCCUUUCAAAAUACUGGAUCAGCGUUAACCGCCUUUUACUUAGAUUAAAAUACAAGUAAGGACCAAGCUUCUCUGUUUUUUACUUAACAUAAAGGGAUCAGCUGAAAAGGUAAAAGUGAAAUGUUGGUAUUACUAAAAAGGUACAAAUCAUACGUGACAGUAAUUAUACCAACAGGUUAUACAAGUAUUCCGCUCUUACCACAAAAGUGUGUCAUAGAUCUCAAUUACCUCCUGUCACCUCUCUAUAUUACAUGCUGUGCACCUCAGGGUUUAGCUAUUUAUCAGCAGCUAUUUUAACCUGGAUGCAUGAAAGCUUAUAAUCCUGUUGAAAAAUGUGGUUUAUUCUGCAUACCUAUUUGUGUCACUUUCAUGUCUAUUUACGGUUUUUUUUAAAUUAAAGUCUGUUUGCUUGCACAGGGUCCACCCGGUCUUGCUGGUGCUAAAGGAGAAAGGGUGAGUUUCCUGCCAAAAGCUCUUUAUGGCUGUUUCCCAGAAAAAGUCGUUCUACUUACUUAUUUUCACUCACGGCUUAUGCCAGACAUGAUCAGGCAGUAAAUUCAUACCACAUAAAGUCAGCAGAAGAAAUGUUGCCUACAGAUCAAUUUCUCUCAGAGCAUUUCUCCAUGGCCUGAAAAACCUCUCUUUACAUAACAGUCUACCUUAUAUACAACCUACUGCAUAACCUGGAGGGACCGGGCUAUUUUGAGUAACUGGUGGCCUUUAGAGGCAGUCAGAUUCUCUUAACUAAUUUGACAUCUACUAGGACCAAGGAUUUCUGCAGGAGAAUAACCCCACACACAGUAUCUGAAGAUAUUUUAAGAGAGCCAGGGCACUCUGUUUCAUUUCAGGUCACCAAGUCCAUCUUCUGGAACAUUCACAACACUUUACCGAAAAUACCAGGGAAAUAAAUCUGCCAUCAACAGAGCCAGGCAGCUUUAAAUCACAUCCAUGCUCCCCCACAAUCACUGUGCUCAGAGUCCAAAAAACAGAAUUAAGCCUAUACUUUUUGAUUUUUGAAGCGGAUUCUGAUAUUGGUUUCAAAACUUCAAUUCAUCACAUCACAAGUGCUUAAAUUUGAGAAACAAGAAGGAAUUUGAUGUUCUCUUAAUGGAGUUCACUUGGCAACAAACAAAGUUGGGUUCACCCUAUAUCUUAUUGUCAGACCAAUCAGAUAUGUGAGCUGAUCUGAGCUGGCAAAAGCUGCACUGCAUUGCAAAAGAUCAAAGUUUCCGCAGUGCACCUUUAAUGUAACUUUUACAAGAAGAUACAGUUACCUGGCUUUAUUUCUUAUGGUUUUAUUUGAUCGUAACUAGGGUGAUCAAGGGGAUCAAGGAGAUAAGGGACUGGAUGGAGCUUCUGGAGCCCCGGGACUGCCUGGAGAGCCUGGUCGAGAUGGACUUCAGGGGUUCAAGGGAGAAAAAGUAAGGGCUAUAUAAACUUUUGAGCCACAUUCACUUUGCCAAGACUUUUUUUUGUACUCACUGGCUGGUUUGAUACUCAUAUCUUUUGUGCAAAAUGUUGAUACAAACAGCUUAACACUAGAACACGAUCGCUAAAAUUAGUAGCACCAUCACUAUCGCCGGGUGAUUUUUACCUGAAAUAAUCUACCCAAGAAAAAGUACUUGUCAUCAAAAUAUAUCAAAAUAGGACGAUACAUGACAAAUUAAAGUAGUUUUCUUUUAUUUGUGACUAUGCAAUGUCCAAAGGGAGGGAAAAAAAGUGCGAUGAGGGGACCAUAUAAAAAUGCAACAAAAUAACUGAAAUUAAGCAUUCAUGAACAAAAAUAUCCUAAAAAAAAAGAAAAAAUAGAAAUUGUGAUUGUUCCCCCUAUUCCUGGGGCAUGUGAGUCUUCCCUGGUGAAGACUCAGGGUCCUUGGCACAAUAACAGCUGCAGGAGAGAGAACCAAAAUAUAGCAUAUUUUGAGUGAGUAAAAAUGACCAGCUGACUAAAAUAUUUCUUAUCACCACAUGAAUUCCCUUGAAAAUCCCUAUUUUGUGAUAGUUUUUCAUAACCACUGCGCUAAAUAAAGAUUGCAUGCAAAUUCCAGGACCACCCUUUACUUUAUUCCCAACAUGCAGCUAUCAAAUCCACCUAAACCUACUUAUCCUCUAUCACUAUUGCUGGGUGAAAAUCACCCGAACACGUGCCUGUAAGAAAAAGCGGGUUUUGGAUCAGUGAAACAAAUAUGCCUUCAAAGCUGUCAAAGGCAAUGCUGAAGCUACGCAGGGACCCAUGAUACUCAGAAAAACGCAACAUAAUGAAAAUCACAUGAACACGUUUGAAAAUCACCCGGCAAUAGUGUUCUAGGGUUAAAAAAGUAGCAGCCAUGUUUCUUACCCUGUCCUGCUUCAGCACUCUAAUAUAAAAGACAGAGAGCUGGGUCUGUGUGUGAAUCUGGAUUUGUUUUUUCAGUAUUACUGGACAUAUUUUAAAACAGAUUGUCACAAUAAGUUCCCAGUGGUAAAAAAAAUGACAUUUUAAAUAGACAGUGAUUGGCUAAGUGAGGAACUACCAUUUGGUGGCUUUAUUAAAUUGCUGUAAAAGGCUCCUGGAUCAUUAUUUGUAUUCCUCAUGUUUCCCAGGGCGACGCUUGCACCAGCUGUCCCACUCUGGGAUCUGCAGUGGGUAAUGGUGUUGCUGUGCCAGGCCCCAAAGGCGAGAGAGGAGAGCCUGGUCCCAGAGGAGAUGGGAAGCCAGGCAAAAACGUGAGGGAAUUGUGUUUCUAUUCAUUUACCUAUUCUUAAUACGCCACUGCGAGGAAUGGCUGAUGAACAUUGUGCAUGUUUUCUUUCCAGGGAAAAGCUGGCUUACCAGGUGUGCAGGGGCCUGCGGGUCCCAAAGGAAGCAAGGUGUGAAUGUCCUUUUUAUUGUAUUAACAUGGUCAUAAAUACAUGCAGCUGACAGUUUCUCACACUGUUUUUUCUUGUGCUAUCUGUAGGGAGAGACUGGAGCUGCAGGAAUUGGCCUCCCUGGAGCACAAGUAAGUCAGAUGUGUCCUUAAAACACACGUAUACAUGUUGAGUCUUUACAUGGACAGCUAAUGCAGCUCCUUGACAGUAAACAAAGAAGAAGCUCGUAAACAGAUGCCAUCUUGCUGCAGUCUCAGUGAUGAAAACCACAUGAAUCCCAAAGAUCUAAAAAAAGGAGUAAGGUUAUAAAUUUUGAUCUAAAGCUUAUCUGUGGACAUUCUUCCUCAAAUCCUUUGGCUCACCCUGGAAUUUUUCUUGUUUGGUUUCUAUCAAAACAAAGACUUCCCCAACUCCUGCACUGGAAAAAUAACUUUUAGUCAGGCUUCCUCCUCAAAUGUCCCCAAAUUAAACAUCUCAUUUCCCUCUUUUGUCUUCUUCAUUUAUAUCCUAGGGUGAGGAGGGACCAAGAGGACUCCCAGGACUUCAAGUGAGUUUCUCUCCUGUUUUUUAAGUUUGACUUUUUCUACACUUCAUAUUUGGGUUGUUGUCUAAGUUUACUUCUUUUUUUUUAAUGCAGGGACCUCCUGGACCUAAAGGACUGACUGGUCCUGUUGGUCCUGCAGGAGAUAAGGUAGCAUAAAGACGCAGGACCCAAGAAGAAAUACACGUGGACAUAAUAAAUCAACAUAAUGUAACAUGGCUUAUUUUUCACAUGUUUUUUCUUCACAGGGCUCCAAAGGAGACGUUGGGCUUCCAGGACCACAGGGGCCUGUUGGCAUUGGAGUAGCAGGGCUUCCGGUGUGACAUAAAUGCAUCUUUUUUGCAUAUCUAAAUGUGCAUAUGUGGCAACGCUUUUGUAAUGUCAAAUGCUGUUUUUCACACACAGGGUAGAGACGGAGCCCCCGGCACUAACGGAUUGCCAGGAGCUGAUGGCAGACCUGUGAGUUGUCUUCUUCCUUUAUUGUCAUCAAGCCUCAUUUGCAUGUUUUUUAUGCAUUUGCAUCAACAAUUUGAGAAGCUGUUAAAGAAAUUACAGUAGAUUAGUUGAGUUGUUGCCACUGCAUAAGCGCCUGUGCAGAGUUUUAAUUUUCUUUGAGCCUCUUUGGGAAUUGUCCUUGAUUCAGGCAUCAUUUGUAACUAAGGAUGUCCGCCUCGAUCCAUAACAGAGGCGACGUCUGUUUGCAUCUCAUCCUCUGUCCCCCGAUCUGCGCUCAGCUCACUGCCCCCGUGAGCUUUGUUCUGAAAUAACAAAGCAAGAGUAACUAAGUGUUUGUGUGUGUCUUUUUUUUUUCUGUGGAUGUGCGUACAUGAAUUUUCACUGUCUCCUUCUCUUGCAGGGACGUGAUGGAGCUAAGGGGGACAAGGUAAGUCUACCGUUUUGUUUAGAUGAAGGGAUCUGGAGGGGUUUGAAUAAAAAGGGGGUGGAACAGAUGGUAAUCGCAAGAGAUGGUUCAACGCACCCACAAACACACACACACACACGGAGGCGUACACACUCGUGUGCCCCGGGGCCACGGAUAGAGUAACAGCGGAGGUGACGAGUGUGCUGUUCUUGGCAGACAAGAGGAGUUUUGGGGCUUUUAAGGGUGAGAGUGUGUGAGACUAUUAAUUACUGCAUUUAUCAGAGCCACCAGUCCACACUGUCACUGAGAGGGUGGGGAAGAUGAAGAGGAGGUAGAGGGCGUGCUUCAUGGUUAGUGUGGAGUGUGAGAAGUGGGAGUGCCACACUUUGAAAGAAAAAAUAAAUAAAUAAAAUAAAAUACUAAGAGUCAAAAAAAGGUCAAAUUUAGCAAAAUUCCGUCUUUAAUCUUUCUUGAGUCUUUACAGAUCAUAUAUUCUGUAAAAUCCUUCUAUAUCAGAUAAAAAGUACCACUCAACAGUGUUUUUUCUCCCUUCAGAAGCAACAAGACAGAUAACAGCCCCACUGAGCAAUAGACAGCUACUAGACAUCCAGUUUUUUUAGACCUAAUUUCAACCGUCUAGUUUCUGUAAAUUUUUAGACAGAAUUUAAACGUUGCACUUUAACCCAUUAUUUGAUAACUAUUCAAAAAGCAAUUGUGAGUUGCAUAACUGAUCUCCAAGUACUUAACCAAAAUGAUUAUGAUAGCCGUUGAGCAAUAUACAGUGUAGUAUAGAUAUAGCCCAGAUUUAGACUUGGUCUAAACUUGGUCCAAAUUCAGACGUUUAAAAAACUUUCAUUUUUAGACUUGAGGUAGCCUGAUUUUAGACCAGUUGCCUGGGCUACAUUUAGACACCUAUUAGACCUCAUUUCGACCAAAAAAUGCUCAAUGGGGCAGAUCCUUUAGGUUCCAUAAUGACAGUUCCACAGAGCAGAUCUGGGCCUGGGUCAGCGCACAGAACAUAUUUGAACCCAAAACGGUGAUCUACCUGUCGCACAGAUGCUGGGUUUUUGAAGAUGUAGUGAAGUCAGAGACCAAUCUGACAUUGUUUCCCCUUUGGCCACCUUCUUUGGUUGCCCUGUGGUCCAUUUCUACAGCUCACAUGCCCAUUGUAAGAACCAGCAGUGGCCAACUUGAGCACCAGUUUGACAUAGGCACCCACAUUACAACAGAAUUCUUACAUGCUAAUCAAUCAUCAAUUUGUGUCUGAUCAGCAAACAUCCAAAGGUUUUACGGUCUCACUUUUUGAGGAGGUAUUACAGAGCUUUUACAAUAGUUUCCAAUAAUAUAAUUUCCCCAGAGAAUAUUAUAAUGGCUUUCACAGCUUCUCUAGCAAACCUGAAGGGUGUUAACUUAAUAAGAGUCCUGAGAUGGUGUUAAAAAGUCGCCCCUCAGAUUUUUCCUGCCAUCUCCCUCUAAUCCUAUUAACUGGUACAUUUAAAUUGAUACCUCCCUAUUGUUGUGGAUUAUCUUUGGUUUUAUGAGUGAUUUCUCAAACCUCCAUGUACUCCAGUAUCUACAUUAUGUAUGUGCUCUUCUGAACACUCCUUUGUCACUUUCAUAUUAGCAUAAUUUUGCAUCUGGAGGCACUGUCAACAGUCUUGUUUCUCCUCGACGAGACUUCCUUUAAGCAUUUCCAAACUGAGCAGUUCUCCGUCUUUCAAUAUACUGCAUAGAGAUUUUUAUUUCUUCCGUUGUCUGUUCUCUCACAUAUCUUAAGUGAAUUACACCUCUCUUUGCAAUCUUGUAUUUUUCACUUUCAAGUUUAACACUUCAAGUUGACUAAAGUGAAAUAAAAAUAACUUCACACCGAUUCAUCCCUGCAGUUUAGAGUCUCUUUAUGAUGCAUAAAAUUUUAGGAUUUAGCAAAUCUGCACAGAAGAGGCCUGAAAGCUCAAAGAGAUCCGACUUUUUUUGUUUUUUUAUAAAAAGAAGUUUUAAUGUUGGAUGAGCACUUCAGUUUUGCAGCAUGUGCUUAAAUUUGUGCCUGAGCCCCACUUUAUCUCUCAUUUUUAAUGCCUCUUUUUUUGAUGUAUAUUUUAGGGUCUACCUGGAGAGUGUGGCUGUGGUUCCCCUGUGCCUAGCAGUGUGGGCGGACCUGUAAGCACUCACACACACAGAGACACUGAAAUUAACACAUGUAGGCAUGCAAUUAGUUUAAUCUAGGGAGAUGCAUCCUAACAGCAGGAGCUUGAGUACACAUUGACUUUUAAACACACCCUCAGAGGAUUUAUUGGAACUCCACAGGGGAUGUAUAGAGAAACACAUCCAUGCAGGGUUAUUUCCUCUCUGCCUCUUUCUGUGCUGUGACAUUUCUUGUGUUAUUCUUAGCUUAACGCUUCAUGAGCUCUGUAUUUUUUGUUUGUGAAGGCGCUGCUGCCGCUCUGAUUUUGACUCCUUUUGCCUUGCAGGGAGCUCCAGGAACUCCAGUAAACACUUGGCAGCCAGGGCCUCAGGUCUGAUCUGUCAGCCAGCAGUCCUGUCUGAUAACUUUGGCUUUGUUUUAUGCAAGCUUUGCUUCUCCUUGCAAAGUUUGCUCUGAAAAGAAACACAAACCUUCCUUGCUGUUUUACUCUGAAGAUGUGAUGCUAUUUUAAAAGCUUGUCUUCUGUGUUUUGAAGGGCCCUCCAGGACCUCCUGGGCCUCCUGGCCCCCCUGGACCUCAGGGUAUUACUGGAAUACAAGGACCACAGGUAAACAAAAGGGGGCAGUAGGAUGGUGAGGGGGUUCUCUUGCAGCUUCGAAGCUGCUCCGUCAGUCUGGAUGGAUGUAGACUCGCAGCUUGGGCAUUCGGGGUGCCUACAAUGCUUUGACAUGCUUUGCAACUUGGUUGGUGAAUGAAGUUCAAACUGUGCAUGUAGGAAAUGGAGCCACUUAUAUACUCACUGUGAACUGUAGUACUGUCAAAAAUAGGAUUCAGAAAUACGGGUCCAAAGAAAAAUGCACUAACCUGAAAAUGGCUUUGAGCUUUAACGUAUGAAGGAGGCAACUGAGCAAGCUUUGUGAAUGUCUGUCAAGACAUGAACAUUUGUUUGAAGGUCUGGUUGAAUUGGCUACAUUAAAAUUCAUUACAGUAUUAAUUUGAAGUCCUUGUUUGAUGAUUUUAAGUUUUGAAUCUUUACAGACCUUCAAAUAAAAUGGGAUUGUGAUCUGCACUGCAAAUCAAAGGGGUGAGAAGGACUUUGGAGAAGGUUAUGGUCACAGGAUGGAGGAGGUCAUGUCUUUGACAAGGGUGUAUUUGCAAUAAAAAAACACAGAAUUAAAAAAUAAAUAAAAAAAACCCACAAUCUUAGAUUUGGUCGGAUUGAAGGCAGAGGGAGGAAAAGGUUUCAUUUUGACCCUGGCCCUUUCAUUCUGUCUUGACCAUUGGUGGAGGUGGGAGCGGCUCGCCUUUUGAUUGGCAGCAUAUCAGUUCAACCUCAGUUCCUUCUUUCAGGGUAUCCCUGGAAACGACGGGGUACCGGGGAACCCUGGUUUACCUGGAUACACCGUAAGUAGGAAGGGAGCGGCGGUGGUUCUUAUUUUUUUUGACUGAAGACCUCAUGACUAUGAUAACGAUAAGAAUCACAGAACAAAUGAAUGUGACAUGGAAAGGUCAGUUUAGCCUUUUUGGCUUUUAUUAGGUUUGAAAAACUUGGACAAGGCCUCUACUUAUGAACGUAUUGGAUAAUACAAGGUUAAAGUAUUAUACAUGAGCUGGCACUUAAAAAUCAGACAAUUACAUUUACAUGUCAUACAAUUUUAUUUUGUUGUGAUUUAAGGGCUUUGAAUUGUGUCAGUCCCUGAAUUUUACAAGACAAUUAGAUUCAGAUUUACCUCCUUGAUAUCAUACAUUUUGAGGCAAGCUGUGGAUGCUAGACUAAUGAUACAAUAUUUAAAAUAUUGAUAUUAAUUUUUAAUCAAUGUGCGCAAGCUUAAUUUUUGAUAUGAAUUAUGGAUCACUGUGGGAAUGGACCUAAGGUAUUCUGGUGUAUCUCAAAGUGACGGAUAUGGACUUUACUUCAAAUAUAUGCUUAGAUUUUCAAAACACAACCUAUUGAUAUUCAGAGUUGCGGCCUCUUGACAAUCUGACCUCAGGUCCGUUUUUAAUCUCAGAGGAUUUUCAGUGUCUUUUCAGACAGAGUUAGUUUACUCACAGUGAGUUUAAGGACAGCAUCAAAGUGAGAAACAAGUUGUUUUGUUGUGAAGUUAUAGUGGGUACUUUCUUCUUUUUUAAUGUGGUGCCAGUGUUGUUUCUUUCAAGUGUGUGGAUGGCUUAAUUUCAUUAAGGGAACAUCAAUGCUGAUCUUCAGCCAGCACCCAAGGGGAACUUCACCUUCAACAGAGGAAUUAAAGUAGAAGUGUAAUGGAGGUCCUGGGAAAUCAGAUUUGAGACAGAUCUUGUGGAAACUAUUCAGAAAGGUGUUGAUUGUUACCAUAUUUAGCAACAGCUGUGUCGUUGACUGACCACAGAAUGAACUGGUAUCAACUUUAAGAACUCUGUAUGGAGUAAAAAGGUUAAUGCCGGGAGAUAAACCUAUCAAAUGUUUCUUUUCUUUCAUGGUUCUGCUGCUUUUAUAUCAGUCAAAUUGGCAGAGUAGUUCUUAUGACCCUCAGAAAAUGCCUCGUCUUUGAAAGUAACACUGUGUUGCCCAGAGAAGUCAGCAAUAGUACACUCCACUACACAGAAAUAUAGAGAAACUUCUAUUGAAGAAAGGCCUUGUUCCCACCCAUAAAACAGCCAAUACUUUGCAGCAUAAAAUAGCCUUUCUAGCUAAUGGCCCCAGUUUGAACAAUGUCAAAUGGGCUGGUAAUGACUCUGAAACCAGGCCAGGUGCUAUUGACAGACUCAUGCAGUCGAAAAAGGUCCUGCUGCUUUGAUAGGGAGCCGACUGCCUUUCACAGUAAAUGUGAUUGGGCUUUUGGAAUGAGGAAAACAUAAUGUAAAGGGACAGCUUAACUCCGGUGUGCCUUUUUUUUUUUGUUUGUUUUGUUUUGUUUUUGUUUGUGUGGAGCAGGUCUGAAGGCUCUCUUUGAAGUUAAAACCUUCUGGCUCAGACUCCAGCUCUGGGGAAAAAAGCUUCUUGACCAUUAAGUUGCAUAGGGAUUUAGGGUUUCGUGUUUCUGGUAAUUAUCUUUAAAGCUCCUGUGAGGAAUUUUUUGACAACAUAGACUUAAAUAUACAGCAAUGCCUUUUUUAUGAUAAACAAAGGCAGUCCAGACCAUUAGUAACAUAUUGGCUGUUGGAGUAUGUAAUUUUUAAUGCCUGAAAGCAGUGCGAGGGGGGAGGUGUAAGCUGAAGAAACAGCCCCUUUUUUUUUAGCAGUAUACAUAAAUAUUUACAUUAAAUGAUAAAUUUGACUGUCUAAUUCAGCAGGACAGGAUUGUUAAAAGUUACGAUUCAAGCAUGUAGAGGACAAGAUGAGUAAGGACAGCUUUGUCCACAGGGGGCGCCAAAAUUGACUUAAACCAAAAGAUCUUCACAGGAGCUUUAAGAGCUGUAAUUUAUAACUGUCCAUAUUUUAACGUUAAUUAAGGUUAACUUUUAAUUGACAUUGAAUGUGCAAGUUAUUGUUGUACUUCAUUGAUUCUAGCGUCUUUUGAUUCAAGAAGUGGUGUGUUUUAAUUAACUCGUAACUUGAUCUUGAUCUAUCUCAGUCAUGUCUUGCACUUGUGUAAUGCUAAUCUAACAAAAAAUUUUAAUUUUAAUUUUACCAUUAAAAAAAAUUGACCAUUUGCUAUGACCAUCUAUUUAUUGUGCUAUCUGGGGCAAGGAUCCUGGAUCAUUACAGGGAGGCAUCAGUGUUUAUUUCUGUCUAUUUUGUAACAAGCUACAAACACCUCAUAGUAGCUUUGCUGAUAACUCUCCAGCCACAGCGUGAUGAUGAUAGAGGGUACAAGUGUAGCUGUGAAAGAAAUCACGCUCCUUUGUUCUUCAGUUUUGGUCCAUCAAAUGUGAAAGUACUUUCAUUGUCAUGCUUGGGACUCUUUGUAAUUUUUUGGCUCUUCAGUUUAUUAAUAACUCUUUUUUUUUUUCCCCCGCUUUUCUCUGUAGACCCCCAGUGGACCCUCUGAACUACCUCGAGACUCUACAGAAGGAGUUGCAGAUGUAAGUGCUUGAAGUACAUUUGAAGAGCAGAGUUAAAUGGAUCCAGAGACUUUUAUUUUAUGUGUUUUUCAGCUUUUGAAUGAAAACUGAUGAUUUUUGUGUCAGAGUAUAUGUACAGAAGUUGUAUAUAUACGGCUUUUUCCUCCAUGUAUGCGCUAUGACACAGGAGGGCUGUUUUGGUGAGGACUGUGCCAAAGGGUUGCCAGGGGUGCCGGGGGUGGUUGGUGCCAAGGGAGAGAAAGGAGACCAGGGCAAGCCUGGUGUCACCCCGCUGGACAGCUGUGACAGGGUGAGACUUGGACAGAUGGGGAUAUUUCUCAUUGAAACAUUUUCAGCUUCACGAUAUGAUUCAGCAACUCCUGAAUCAUACCGAUGUCACUUGACGUGCAGCCACUGAGCCUGAUGUUGUGCUUUGAUAAAUGCAAAACGGCAGCCUCUCGUUUUGCAUUGGGUUCAUGUUUGCAUGGCUGAAUGUGCGUUUUUAUCAGUUUGACAUAACAUAGUGCCAGCAGUAAAGCCUCACUGUGACAACUUACUCUGCCGUCUCUUUCCAGUGUUUAGAGAGACUGCAGAGAGAACAGGCGACACAAGCAGUGGUCAGUUGAGAUUAUCAUCAAAUUCUCUGCAUCUUCACUUUCAUUUAAACUGACACAUGUGCACAUUCCUUGCAUCUGAAUUCUUUUGCCUUACAGGGUGACCGUUCCUGCACCGGGUCACCUGGUAUUCCUGGAAUGCCUGGAUCACCUGGAAUAAAAGGAGAGCCAGUGAGUCGAUUGAUCCAUUUUCUCACACGUACACUGUUAAUUUGAUGAGACACUGACUUCACAAAGUUCAACAUCUCCCUUUUUCUCUCCUCUUAAUUUUAUUAUAGGGUACACCAGGAGAUAGAGGCUCAGCUGGAAUUCCAGGAAACUUGGUAAGAGCUGUAAAAUCACAGAAUCCAUCAGGUUGAAUCAUUCCAGACAGCUCAGCUUUAACUCUCUUAAAGCUGUGUUGUAAAUCUGAAGCCCUCAUCUACUUCUUGUGAGUGCCUGCGGUACCCAUAUUACCAGUGAGGAGCUUGUGCUGGCAUUUUCCAUGAUAUCACAGAGCCACCUGCUGGUCUCAGGGAAAAUGUCACACAGUAAGGCCCCUAACACAAAGGGGUUUGCACACUCUAGCUCUGUUUUAGAGCUUGUAAUAUUCACUUAAAUGUCCGGUAGUGAACCAAAACUCAUUCUGCCUGAGGAAGUUGAUUUAUUUACUUUUCUUGUUUUGAGUGUUUUUUGUAAACAAUCUUUUGGCUCUUAUUUUGUCCACAGGGACCCCCUGGUUUUCCUGGUCCUCAGGGAUCAUCUGGUCUACCUGUAAGUAUAAAUCACAUUUUUUUAAUCUGUGAUGGAUAAGUAAUAAUAUUUUGCUAUUUAGUAAAAACACUUGCAUAACAACUUUAACAUGUAGGCCUACUUAAUAUUCAUAUAGAGAUUCUAUUCAAAUCAAAACUGAUCUAUUGUUAAAAGAGAAGUCCUUCCAGUACUAUAGCCUAGAGAUGCUCUACUGCUAAUAAACAUUAAAGCUCCAGUGAGAAACUUUCUGUUUGUAUUAGUUUUGAUGUCCCCUGUAGACAAAUCGAUCAAUCAAUCAUUCAAUCAAAUUUUGUUUAUUCAGCGCCAAUUCACAACAGUCGUCAUCCCAAGAUGCUUUUCAAAGAAAGAGCGCAGGUCUAGACCACACUCAUUGUUAGAUGAAAGCAGUCUUUGCUUAUCUUACCUACAAAUCAUCUCUUCCUGAUGUGGUUUGAUACCCAAAUGUGUCACUUUUUUGUGAAUAUUUAAUGUAAAGAAGAUUAAAAACAGGAUUUUUCCCAUAGCAACUUUACCGACCCCUCACACAAGCUACAGUUUAAGACCCAUCGGUCUUGCUGUUAAUGGUUUGGUUUACUUUUGUAUUUAAUGAAGAGGCUUGAUUCCAGUCUGCUUCUCAAUUGUCUAAAUCUUUGUAACAUUUGCUAUUUUGCUUUUCUCCAUAUUUAACUGAAGAUAUCCACUGAGGGUCAGGUAAUGGCAGGUACUGAGUGAAACUUCAACUGGAAUAUUUUUUAAUACGUUGUGCCAAGCAACACCAAGCAACCAUCCACUUUAGUUUUAUCAUCUUUAUCCCACCUGCUUUUCUUUCUUUUUUGCUCUGUCAAAUAUAUACCGUGCCUCUUAACAUCAAGCAGCGCUGGAUUAUGCUGUCUUCUCCACGCCGUCUCUACCCCAGCCUUUCAAUGAAACUUUUUCAGACGAGGAAAACUGUUUUUGUUGUCCCUCUCUCCAGUUGUUCAAUUAUUCCUCUGUCUAAGUGAUGAAGAGUGGCACUGCUGCACGGUCAGAUCCCUCCCCCUCUCCCUCCUCUUCCUGCAGAGUUAUUGUUUUAGGAGCAAAGAGAUGUUAAAUGGAUGAGCUGUGCGAGCGCUGCGUGGAAUCCAUUUGCAGCGUAGUAGCACUUUACAGCAGGUGUUAACUUCCGCUGUGUGUUUCGCUGUGUGUUUGUUCUUUUUUUGAAGGGGAGAGAGAGAAAUAAGCAGUCCUGCUGCUGAAUGUAUUUCUCAUAUUCAGGGGCGAGAAAGUGACAAUAAUCAGCCACUAAUUAGUUUCUCCUCAGUGUGAUCAGUUUAUAAUUACAGCCUAAAUUACAGCCCUCACUAAUCACUGAUAACCAAUCAUACCACUAGAUCUCACACUUCAUUGUUAUUUCUUUCCAUUUUUUAAGUUGUUACAUAGUUUAAUUUGGAGUUUUCAUCAGAUUAUCACCCUCACUUGUCACCAAUCUAAAAUCAUGCAAACAUCUCUACCUCUUAACCCAAGUUAAUAUGUUUCCACUAACUUUUUAUAAACUUUAUUUUUUUUAAACAUCUCCCUUUUGCUUUCAAGAGCAGUUGCUAGGCAACAGAUCACACACUUUCACAUGCAAAUUGGAUGUUAAUAUUGUUGAAACAUCCUUCAGUAUUCGGUUAAAAGAGUGUUAAAUACAGGUUUCCACUACAUCGAGAACUCAGCCUGAUAUGUGAUCAUAAUAUUGUGUUUCUAAAUGAUACUUUAUUCAGAUUUUAUGAAAGGUUUUUAUUUUUAUUUUUGGGUGUCAGGGAAAAGGUCUAAGGAGAUAGAUUGCACCUUAGUCUGAAAGAUAAUAACAGUGAAAAGGAUAAAGAAUAAGGGAGAGGAUAUACUUUUUCUUGAAAGCAAUAAAGAAAAGUGGCUUAACUAGCAACAGACAAUGCUCAGCCCUGAGAUAUCACCGCCACACACCUAAACUUCCAUCAGGAAUCCUCAUAGGGAUGUGAAGCAAAGGACAAAAUCAAACGUAGGCAAUCCCAGAGGGAGGAUGCUACCAGCCAGUUAGCCGUUUCCCCUCUUUGAUAUUGACUCGCCUUGUCCUUGGCUCGUUUCCACCAGGAGAGCCUCUCCUCCAGGUGUCAAAUCCCAUCUUCUCCUUCAUUUUCUAAUCAUGCCUCAUUCCUGUCAUCCUCAGGGUCAGCAAGGUGAGCGAGGGCCGCCCGGCCUCGCAGGGAUGAAGGGCGAGCAGGUGUGUGUCUGCCAAUCAACUUCUCCAACAUCAUAACCAUAAACUGAUUGCUUUCCCCUCUUUGACUGAUUCUUUGAUCUUACCUCAGGGCCCUCCUGGAACGUCUGGCUAUCCAGGAACCAUGGGACCACCUGGACUGCCGGUGAGUCACUCUCAGUGCUGUGUUAUUCAGGGACUGAGGGACUGACAACAAUCUGACAAUGUUAAUAGAUGGAUAGCUGGUUACAGUUAUUUGUCCUGAAGUGCUGAUUGACUGUCAAUGUGUGCUCGCCAGGGACUGAAGGGUGAACGUGGGAGCCCAGGAACAAGCGGCCAGAAUGGAGAAUCAGUAAGCCAUUGCACCAUUUCUGUUGUAUAACACACAAUACAUCUACUGGCUGUGUUUUGAGUCAGCAACUCAUAUUUCUGCAGGGUCCUCCUGGUAAUCCUGGCUACCAAGGACAGGCUGGUGCACAGGUCAGUUUUUGUAAUCAUACUUUUUAGUUGAACUGGAUACUUAAUCAAUUUAAACAUUAAACUAAUAAUGCCAACUGUUUUUAUUUUUAUUUUCUGCAGGGCAUUAAAGGAGACACAGGACCAGCAGGGCCUGCGGGUGCCAAAGGAGAUUCAGUAUGCUUCACACAUUGUAUGAAAUUGCAAACAAUAAAUUUAACAAAGGGAAACAAAUUUAACUCUUAUUUCUCAUUACAAGGGUUUUCAAGGAUCACCAGGUUUUCCAGGACCACCAGUAUGUAAAUUUUAUCAUCUAUGGCAAUUUUAUAUCAUUUGAAUUGUUAUGGACUUUAUAAACCCCUUACUGUAUUUUUAGGGUGCUCCUGGUCCUGCUGGCAAACCAGGAAGGGAGGGGAUGCCUGGGCUCAAGGGUGAAAGGGUGAGCACAUAUAAGACAAUCAGCUGUGUGUGUGUGUGUGUGUGUGUGUGUGUUCUUUUUUAACACGUAAAAUUUUUACUUGUACUGAAAUUCCUUUUUUUCCCCUCAAAAAGGGCAACGAUGGUCUUCAAGGCUCUCAAGGAUCAACCGGCCCUCCAGGCUCUCCAGGCUCCCCAGGGCUCAUGGUACAUACACGUGUUUUAUUUUUUUUUAAUAUCACCAUGCUAAUGUUUGUACAAGUGACCUAUCUAAUGCCAAGAACCCUCAUGUGAACUCUUGGUCUAUGUUUCCAUGAAAGGGCCCCCCUGGCAUAGAGGGAAUCGAUGGAAAAGAUGGAAAGCCAGGGCUGAGGGUGAGCCUUACACGCACACACACAACAAAACACACAAAUAUUAUUAAAGAAAAGGUGAAGUGUAUGGUAAGACAUGCAUGUAAUAUUUGACCUUUGACACUACUUAUUUAUGUUAUCAGGGUGAAGCAGGCCCUCCAGGCCCACAGGGACCUCGAGGAAUCCCAGUAAGUAUUACCUCUGACAUCAGCAUGACUUGAUGAGACUUUCUAUCCCAUUUCAAACCCAUGAAUUAGACAUGAGUCGUACACUGUGUGUAUUGAUUGCUAAAUGUUCUUUAUGGGAAAAGAUCAGAACACAAUUUGCAUUUCAGUUGGUUUUACAUCAGUGGUUAGUCUUUUUUUUUUAAAGACUAAUUUUAAGUACUCUGGGAGCAUAUAUAAGGGGUCAGUGUAAUGACACAAGAAAAUCAAUUUUCAUUUAAAUAUGUUGGUAAUAAGGAACUUUGAGGCAAAAGAUAUGACCUUAGCACUUGUCAAGUUUGCUAGUUUAUUAGAAACUUUCACUUACUGAAAUGUUCUUCUACCAAUUAACUACCUAAAAAUUUAAGGACCAACCCAUUGAGUACAGACAUGUAAUAUUUCCAGACUGAUUUCUAUAACCUCUGACCAUGAUCAGUAAAAUUUUGUAAAAGGCCUACCUGCAUGGCCUCGAGAGGCUAAACCCAUGAUUCCUGAAUUUAGCCUUUUGGAUAAAGCCAGAGGAGAUUUGGUUCAAGAAAACAUGUGCCCAAAACAGUUGUGUCAAUGCGUAUGGACUUUGGACCAGAUAUUCAAGGUCCUCAGAGGAUGCAAAAACUUAGAAAAACAGCUUUUCUUUUUACAUAUCUAGGAUUGAUUUCUCAAAUGUGUUAUUAUUUUAGUGAAAUCCCAUCACAUUUAGGUUAAAAGCAUGAAUAUGCACAGACCCCAAUGGAUGAACCCUGAUUUGAGAUUUGUCCCAUAUUUUUCAUCGGGCUCAAUUGAAGAUGAGAUAUGCAAUUUAUGAAAAGAGCCAGCGCCCAACUUUGAGUUAAAUUUGCAUGUUAUUCAUGGUCUUAAGAGGAUGAAUGAUAUAUUGGAUGAUAAAACUCGCUUUUCUUAAAGCUUCACUUGUAGAUCAGUCUUGAUUUGUUGUUUUUCCACCUUGUAUUGAGAAAACAAUCUAUAGGCGCACCUUUUCUUCAUGUAGUGCAUUAGAAUUUCAUUCCCAUGGCUCACCGUCAGUUUCACAAACAGGAAACCAGGAUGCAAAUCAGGCUGCAUGACUAAACCUUUUUCAUCAGAAGCCUUCCCAAAGCUCUUUAUGGAGCGAUGGAUUUGCAAUGCUGGGUGAAUAUUUUAGACACCUGAGAUUGUCACAUACAUACAUUGUGGAUUUAAAAUACCAGAAUGCAUUUUAAGGACAGAUCAUAGGAGGUGUGAUCAUCUUAAUUUCUUGUAUGAUAAGUUCAUGAUAUUUCUCACAUGUUGGUACUUUACAUCUCCAUGUGCAGUCAUUACCCACUCUUGUUAAUGCUGAAGAUGUCAUUGUGAUGUGACCUCAUUUAAACUUCUAAGCUCCCUUUGGUCCUCACAGAUCUCUCCAACUUUGUCUUUAAAUCGACACAGCAGAGAGAGUGAUAUUCACACCCUGUAGUCAGCUUCAGAAGAGAAAAUGAGUCACUGCCUUUCUUUCUCUUUUAUAUCUCUGACUUGCUCUCUGUAUCUCAGUUUGUGUUCUACCCAAGAGCAGGUGUUCAGGAUUUCAAAGACACGGCUGCUCGUUCUUUGGCAGCCUCCACUUUGUGAAUUUUGAUACUGUACCAAUCCCAUUCUCUUUGAUGUCUCUCCUCAGGGAUUCAAAGGGAAAACUGGCCAUGUUGGCUUCCCAGGACAGAAGGUUAGCCAACAGCUCAUUGCUUUACCACCGCACUAUGUCUGUCUGUUUGUCUGUUUGCUGCUACUGUCUGUGUUUUUGUGCUGGGCCAAGUUCUUCCAACAAACUGAUAAUUGCAAAACUGUAACUGACACCAAAGGGUCAUGUUGUCAGGAUGCCUUAGUUUUCAGAGUUUCAGCCAUUAAAAGAAGUAACUUCUUUCUUCUUGUGUAUCUCCUGUUGCUUCUUUUUAGGGUGAAGCUGGACCUUCAGGACCACCUGGACCUCCCGGCAGACCAGGCCAUGAGGUGGGUACAUUUUCUUUUACAGAAGCAGAUAUUUGGUAAACAUUUGUAGCACAUUCAUGAUUUUGGCAUCCACACCUAAAGCAAAGGUACAGUCUGUAUAAAUCCGCAGUGCUCUAAAAGUUAAUCCUCGACCUUCCAGGGUGAUCCUGGGACCCCGGGAGCCUUGGGACGGCCAGGACCCCCCGGUCACAUUGUAAGUUCACUGCCCUCUUAACCCUUUAGCGUGUAGGAUAUAUGGAAAUGUUAAUGUUAGUUUGCAUAAAUUGUGUUUUUGAUUUCUCUACUAGGGUGCUACAGGUCCAGCUGGCUCACCAGGACCUGCGGGUCCAUCAGGAGUGGUAAGGAAGAUCUUUCAAAACAAAAAUAUUGAACCUUUUGAUAAAAAAAAAAAUAAAAAACUAUAUAUAUAUAUAUGACAACUUAUGGUUGGGUACAUUUUAAAUACUCACAAGGGGAGAUUUGGUCAUGUUAGCUACUAAACACAGUGUAAAAUUAGAGUGUGAAUAAAAAAGAAGGAAAAUGGUUUCGUCUUGUCACUGAUUUCUACUGUUAUGUAUUCUGGGGUCUUUGCUGUUGCUCUCCCUGCCUUAGCUCAUCAUGUAUGCGCAUUAAACAGAGGGGAAGUAGUCCACUUGGAAGGGCAGGGAGCCCACAAAACAGAGACAUAUUACCAAAUAAAACAUAAUGCCUGGAGUCAUUUAUUCUCCCUGACGACUGGUUUUGUUUUUGUGUACACAUGUUCAGUCAAGAAAAGUCCAAACUGUUUUUGUUAAUCAGAAUUCUCUCUUGACUUUGCAGGGUAUAAAAGGAGAUAAGGGCCAAGCUGGUGAGAGGGGUAUGCCAGGAUUGGGAGGGGCCCCAGGUCCACCAGGGCACCCAGGACCGAUGGUAACUUCUUGACUUUUGUCUUCUUCCAAAAACAUUCCAGAAAACUAAGCAGUUAUAAUUCAUCAUCCCACCUGCCAGCCUGACAGAAAGUAUUUUAUUCACCCUUUUUUUUUUUUUUUCUCUUGCUGUGACUUUGUCUUGCAGGGCGAGCCUGGCAACGACGGUGCUCCGGGUAAAGAUGUGAGUAAUGUCUGGGUGUGGUAUUCGCCCCCAUUAAAGAAUAAUAGCAAGAGAUCGAUGUGGUGAUGUGUAUAUUUCAUUCCACUGAUGGAUAUUUCUUUCUUUGUUUUGACAGGGAGCAGCGGGCCUGCCAGGGGACAGCGGGCAGACGGGUCAAAAGGUACCAAAUCAGGGUGGUACAAUGUAAUGUGUGAUAGUGUGUUGUCAAGGCAAGCAUCAAUCAUCCAUUACCUCCGCAGACCGUCACAACUCAGCGAGGUCGCCCUUGUUCCGUUUCUGUUAGCUCAGGGAGGUCGACGCACUGUGGUGCUGAGCAGGCUUGCCCUCCUCUUUUCUGCCCGUUCAGCACCCACACUUAACACAGUCAUCAGUCCGCUAACCCUCCCCAACCCACCCACAGACACCCUUCUUCUUCCUCACCUCAUUUCACCCCAUGUGCGAGCUGGCAGCCGGCCGGCCUGCUAGACCUUUGUAGCCGUGGAGCCUGUUGGACUUCUCCUUGGAAGCAGGCUUAUAGCUCUGUAGGUGGAUACAAUGAUAAAGUUAUUCUCUGCCUCUGGGAUAAUGCUAUUAAGCAAGAGGAGAGAUGCUAGAUGAGGCUAUUUGUCACACUGACAGGAUGGCAUUGUCAGGGUUUUAGCCGCACAGAAGAGAACAGAGGAGAAAGACAAGAACGGGCUCUUCUUUUCUUCUCUCUCCUCUCCGUUUCAAGAACCACUUGUCUAGCGCCGACAUGGAAACAUUAGACGUCCAUUAUAGCCUUCUUUGUCCUCGAUAAAUCACUGUCACUAAUGUGACACAACUGUUUGUUAAGUGUAUUUAAACCUCCAAUGGUGGGUCCAUUGUGUGGACAGUGAGGAAGACGUAGCAAAGAAAAUGCAUUGAAGGGUCUACUGCUUAUUCUUCUAAGGAGCAAGUUAAUUGUAGUCUCCAUCAAAACCUCAAAAUCAGCCAAGUAGUUUAACAGUUAAGGGAUAUGAGGAGGAAAAAACAUUUUUCACUGUUUUAUUACUCAGAGUAAAGUAAAAGAGACUGAAACCGCUUCAAUUUUUUGAUGUGAUACGAAGCUGCUGUCGCUUGUUGCUUAGCUUAGCUUUAAGAAGACGCUAACAGCUUCUUUGUAGCAGUUAGGGUUACCUUUACGCAAAGCAAACAACUUAAUAAAAAUACUAUGCUGCUUGUGAGUGGACUCUAGAUUUACUUAGUUUUUUGUUUUCCUUUUUGACAUAUUCUGGCUUUUUAUUUAGCCUUUAUUCUAACCUAAAGCUUAGCUAAAUUAAGAUGUCCCAAGUUUCGGGUUAGCUAGCCAACAUGGGAGCUGUGACCUGUCACCUCCAAAUAUUUCAGCUAAACAGAAUAAGAUUAGUUUUCUUCUACCACUGUGAAAACUUAGCUAAAGGCCUGAAUUACUGGUCAAAUGUUGUGACUGAGCUGUUAGCUUAGCAACCUAGCACCAGUUCGAUGGCUACUGCCUUAGAAUUCGACAACACUGAUGUAAACAAACAUAAAUAAAAGCAUCUUUUUGUGUUGCAAUAUUUAGCUUUUCCAUUUUGACAAUGGAAAUGGACGUAGGGUUGUAUGUAAGCUGUGUCUGGUGAAACUGGCAUAAACCCACUGGUCUGGGGGUAUGUGUAGGCGUAUGGCUUUCAACCUACAGGGAGGACCAGAGGCUGGUUUCACUCUGGACCUAGCUCUGUCAACACUAGGUCCAUAGACUCUGUGAUCAGAGUUGAGCGCUGUCAAACUUCGCUCAAGUUUGACUUUUUUGUGUGUUUUCUUUCAUUUAUAUUUAAGUAAUCUGGAAAUAGGUCACUUUCUGACAUCCAGGGUGACUAAUGCACAAUAUCACUGAUAACCAACUUAGUAUCCCAUUCUUGUCUGUCAUGUAAUAACUGAGUAUCAUCCUCUCUUGGCUUUGUGAGCUACAAUUCAUACAAUGACAGUGGCCUUUAUCUAUUCGUAUUAAUAUGCAUGUGUUCCUGUCCCAGGGUGAGCCAGGAGCCCAAGGCCUUAGAGGGCCUCCAGGAGAGAGAGGUAGACCAGGACUUCCAGGUGGUGGGGGUUACCAUUCCAAGGACGCACAGCCCAUGAUUGGUCCAGCCGGACCCAGAGGAGAGACGGGAAGGCCAGGCCUAGAAGGGGCCCCAGGGCCCCCUGGAACACCAGGCUCACCAGGAAAUGAUGUGAGAUACAUUUUAAGACAUUCUAUAGACUGGAGCUGUGACCAGAACUUUAAACCAGCUUUAAAUCAUCAACUCUAGCUCGGAUUUGGAGGCAAUGACAAAUAGUGCAAUCGCCAGAGGUGUUUACCAGCUCCAUCUGCUCAUGUAAACAAUGAUUUUUCUAAUUAUCUACUUUGAUUUAUGUUCUUUUUGUUUUCCUCCUCAUUUCUCUGCUUAUAAACAGGCUACAGUCAACUACGAUGAAAUCAAGAACUUCAUCCGCCAGCAGGUCAUCAAAGUCUUUGAUGGUGAGGGCACGGAUUAAUCUUUGCAAAUGCAAAUUCUUAAGGCAUCGUUUACGUUGCAUGAUUCUACAGUCUCUAGACUGGAGCAACAUUUUCUGAGAGGAUAAACAUCUCUGUGAAAGAAUUGUUCUCCAACUCCUCCGGGAUACCUCCUCUCCUGAUGCAUUGUUUGUUACUGUGUUUCUCCUCCCCAGAGAGAAUGGCCUACUACAUGUCUCGCAUGCAGAUGCCAGUAGAGAUGGUGGCAUCCCCAGGUCGGCCUGGACCCCCGGGAAAAGACGGAUCGCCAGGUAUUCCUGGAACUCAGGGUGCACCAGGACUCCCGGGACAAAUCGGCAGACAGGGUCGACCAGGAGGCCAAGGACCCCCAGGUCUGUCAUACCUCUUUUCUUUCCUGCACCAGAAUAGCAAUACAUAAUGCCACCUUUAGAUUGCUGUAAACUACUAAAAUCUUAAAAAAUGUGUAUUACUCUCUCUAUAUAGGACCACGAGGACCUCAAGGAGAAAAAGGAGAUAAGGGUGUAGGAGAGAUGGGAGAUAUAGGACCUCCAGGAGCACCAGGUAUUGCCAUCAACUGGUUACUUGUGGCCUUUUGGUUUAAAACUUCAGACAGCCUUUAGUGAGUGCAUGGUGUUUUGAAAUAUUGAUUUACCACGUAUUGUCAUAUCACAGUUAUCACUGUCAGCUUCUCUAAUUCAAAGUUUUGGCAAACCGUGGGUAUAUCAUCAUUUGUACUUAAAAAAGUCCUCCAUUAGUUGUUGACAAUACUUUGAGUAAACAUUUUAAAAGAUUUUCUGCAAAGGGCCCAAAACUUCUGUUCUGAUUUGAUUUUGGUGAUGUUUUUUCCUUCCAAUGACUCAAUAAGUUUGAAUUUGCUGAUGGUUUGUAAAUUGCAAACAUAAUAAAAGUGAUGUUUUAUCAGUUUAAAUAAUUAAGAUUACCCAGCUGAUCACCAGCACAGAAAGCAACAUCUGGAAAAUUUCUUUAAUCAUCGUGGAGUCUAGAUAGCUUUGCCCACUGUAAAAUAACUGCUCAUGUUUGUUCAUUUGUCCAGUCUGUUCAUUUGAUGUUUUAAGAUUUUGUGGUUGGAAAAGCAAUGAGUAUUACAUGAAAAGUACUGCUUGAUGUCAGCAAACAUUCUAGUUUAAAACCAGAGGCUGAUUAGGUUUUAUGUAUGAGUAAGGGAGAAGAGAGGAAGCAAGUUAGAAGAGGAAAAUGAGAAGAAUUACAGGGACCAGCAAGAGUUGGGCCAGGAAUUGACUUUGCCAGUUGAAUAAGAAGCAACAGCAAGUCUGUAUCUACACCUGUGAGCUUAUGAAGGCAUGAAGGCUAAAUGGAGGGAAAGCCAGCGCCAACACCAAUAGCGUGUUUGUUUGAUCCAUAGGAUAAAAGCUGUAAAUCUGGUAUCAGGAUAACUUCUGACUUUAUGAUAGUGAAUGUAGACUCUUGUGAUGUGUUUGUGGCAAAUGCUCAUCUUGCGAUAAUACAAGUCAAAUUUAAUUGGACAGCUCUGCUUGCAGCCUCCUAGUUUUAAUCAUGGUUGCUGCCUUCAUUAUAAUUCCUCUCAUCUUUUUUGCCUCAGGUAUUCCAGGCCCUCCAGGCUACGGUAAAAUGGGACCUCCAGGUUCUGUUGGCCAGCAAGGUGUUCCUGGCAUCCCAGGCCCCCCUGGUCAGACUGGUUCAAAGGGAAAUGAUGGCCGCUGUAAUCCUAGUGACUGUAUGAGCCACCAAGUAGAGUACAGCCCAAAGGGUCCACCUAUCAAGGGUCCCUGGUAG